AUGAAGUGUCACGACCAGAGAUGCGCCUUCAGACAGAGGCUGAGGUUGAUAUCGUCCACCCUAAGUUGCGAGACUGGAUGCCGAUUGUCGGAUACAUGCGCUGCCGAGCUCAGCGCGAUGGCGUCCCUGCCAUACGAGUUAUUAUUCUUGACAGCAUCGAACACUGUGGUUGUCAAAGAUCUGGAUCAGGCAUGUUAUCGACUUCACGAUAAAGCAACAGGUAAUACCGCCGGUCCAGGAUGUCCGAUCAUUCGAGAAUCCCGGAAAUCACUGCAGGACGCGAAGGAGAUUCCAUGGAAAGCCCAGGGUCGCCUGAAAGAAAGUCUUCGUGAACUCGAAAACCUCCAAGAGAAAGAGAGAUGUCUAGCCGUCAGCUGGGUCGCAUCAGGUGUCCUCUCUAUGCUAUUCGGCAACGGCGCUCUCUGUCUCCUGUACCUGAAGGGCUGGUCCCCGCAGAAGAUCCACAUCGAUCGCUCGUUGUGCGAGAAAUUCACGGAUCGAGCGGUUCACGCGAUCAUCACCCCCAAGACGAUCGCGAUAGCCUUUCAUGAGCCAAAGGUCAUGCUGAUACGAUUCUCUCGGCCGCUCCACCAGAGAUCCCAGCGGCGUUCGGCGUUGGGAGAAGCCCGGGUGACAGCAUUCGAGACCGUCGGCGUUUCAGGUCGCAAAUGGGAUCGAAGAGUCGCUUGGAGUCGGUCCCGUAAUGUGCUCCUGGUCUUCUGGGGCGCUGCUCAGAACGAGGCUGUGCCGUGGAGUCCUUUGCUCACCGAGAAAAACCGAGCGAAUGUCUUGGUUUACACAAUUCUCGAGAGCAAUGCUAUCGAACUCUUCUGCUAUGGACGUAUCGGCCGGAAUAUUCACGCUGCGGAGUUUAGUGAUCAUGUCAGCAACAACCUGAUUACCGUUGAAGACGGUAUCGAUGAAUCGUCGGCACAAGUUUGCGUCUACCAGGUCGGGCAAGGUCGAUUCGUCCGUCUGUCUUGUGUUUCGGUGACUCUGGACUCGCCGAUGAUCAGUUGUGUAAUGCAUCAGCCCCUCCAGAAACUCCUCAUAUCGACUCGGUCACAAGGGCUCAUGUGCUACGACGGUGUGAGACGCACAAUCGAGAGCCGAAAGUUGAGCAUAACCGCGGACCGAAUGCGUUGGCACCCCGGUGGCGCAUUCGCGGUCCUGGUUUCCAACCAGGGAAAAAUAAUUUGCGUUGACCUCGCUCUCAACAUUUUACCUCUGCAAGCGUUGUCCGACCUACCGCUUUCGCACACGCUCUUGGAUCUCAAUCCCUUCUUCCGGCACAAGCCCUCUUGUUUAUGUCUCGAGUGGGAGCCGCUGGAGUCGCCGCGAUCGAAUAAUCUCGGCGCUCUCAUCAUCGACCACACUUGCAUUUUGUUGAUGAACUUCCGAUUGGGUUCAAUCACCGCUAAUCAAAACGAAUUGUGGGGACCCGUGGCGCUGAGCGAGCUCUAUCUGCGCCAAAUGAACAUCGAGGCUGCGCUGGGCGUCCUUCGAUCUCUCAGUUGGUCCGAAUACGCAUCGAUAUGCUAUCGGAUCUUGUUGAAAUUUUGCAACAGACUCCUAUCCCACAAUCUGACGGAUCAAGUCGAGGCGUACCUGGAACAAGCAAUGUCGAGCUUCUUUGUCGAGAGUGGUUUAUUGGAACAGAACCUGCUCGAACAGUAUAUGCCCCGCGUCGUCAACUUAGCCAGGAGAUUCUUCUUCCAACUAUUACGUUAUGGAAAAUACGAGAAAGCGUUCCUGCUCGCCGUAGACAUCGAAGCCGUCGAUUUGUUUCACGAUCUCAGCGUCAUCGCGAAAAAGUUCCACCUGACGGGUCUACUCCAAGCCUCGCUCAGGAAAAUCGACGAAUUAGAAUCCUCAACGUGCACAUCUACGACGAGCUCGCAUUCGACCAGUGACAGGAACUCCGACGAGUUCGAGAGCUCAUCGGACGACGAGCUGAACUGGAGCCGCGCUGAGCUAUUUGUUCAAUUGGAGCCGACCCAAGUGAAAGUUGCGGCCGCAACUCCAACGAGACAAUUAGUCCCGGCCUCAGGGAGUCUGCCGCGAAGCAAUAGCGUCCCAGCAAGCGUCACAGGGUCGAAGCCAACUAGAAUGAAUCAAUCUUUCGAAUCCGGCUCGUCGUCUCGCAGUCCCGCUCUGAGGAAGAGAAUCGUUGAUGGGGAAGUAGACGAGGAGCAGACGAGACUCGCGAAAGGUGUCGAGUGCAUUUAUUUCGGCAAGGUUUGACGAUUGCUCGAUGAGAGUCGUCAAUCGCCUUCCUCGGAGCAAUCAGCGAUCCAUAGCCCGGUUUUUAGCGCACAAAGUUUCGGCAUGUCCUGUAUGUCCUGACGCAGUCAUCGAUCAUCUUUUUCCAUUUUACCGAUAUCGAGGCUUAAUAUAAUUGAGUGAGCUUUCACAUAUUCGUGAAUGUAGUCCGGGGGGCUCUCCGUACCAUUCUUCCAGGGUCACUAAUCUCCAAGAAGAAAUAAAGAGAUU